AUGAGCGAGCAGCGAAGGGCAAUUUCGCUUUCCCCGGUCCCCGCGAUCGUUGAUACCAUCAGUCUUCGCAAUGUCCAGCUACCCCUCCCAUCGGCGCCCGAGGCAUGGCACCGGCUGGGGAAACGUCAGCCAUGCACGGUCUCCGUCCGACUGUCUUACUCCUCAGCGACGGGGGCCGCCGCAGCCGACGAUGUGUCUCUAUCCUUGGACUAUGGCAAGCUCUACCGACGAGCCGAACAGGCGAUAAGCGGCCUCCAACAGAGCUCGACCAGUGCCAGACUGUUGGUGAACCAAGACGGUAGCCUUCCCGAGCGAAUGACUCCGGACGACGCGGGACAGGACCUUCAUUGCACCGCGGGCAUCAUCGCCAGUUGCGCCUUCGACCUCCUAGUCGAAGUUCAGGCGCAGGCACCAGAUGCCCUCCAGGGCGACUUUGGCCGAUGCGACGUCCAUCUCCACCUUCCCAAGGCUCUCCUCCGCGCCGAUGGUGGACUCAUAUACCGCGCCCAGACGGCCAUGGUCCGGGGCGGUGGUCCAAUCACCACCGUCAUUCUGUCCGAAGAGUUCCGCAUCCAACGCAUCCGAUGUUUCGCCAUCCUCGGGAUCAACCCCCACGAGCGUCUCGAGAAGCAAGCCGUGCUGAUCACCCUGACGUUUCAGAGCCCCGCGCAGAAUGAGUGGAGAUCAAACUUUCUGCGCACGUACCCGGAGAUGACGCGGACUAUCGCAGAGACGGUGGACAAGACUGAUUUUCAGUCCGUCGAGGCGCUGGCGACCCUGGUGGCCCGCAUUGCCGUUGUGGACUUUGGCCACAGCCAGGUGACCGCCCUGGUUGAGAAGCCGAAUGCAUUGGCAUUUUCCGAGGGAACCGGGGUCGAAAUUACGCGGUCCCAGAGCUUCUUUAGCUAGGUCAUGAAUCCACUUCCCACCGUGGUUCCAUUUUCCCAUCCACCAGGCAUCACCUACGUAGGAAGUAGAAAACAGUUCGUGUCCUGUCUCCUAUCCGUAAGUAGAGUUACGCAUAUAUGCCACAUCGUGGUCACAGUUGCGUCACCGAAGGUGCCGACGGCAGGGGAGGUUGAAAGAAAUAUUUCGAGGCCGCAAAGCGCAUUCCAGCGCCCGCCGUGGAUCGGCACGGAGUGCUUAGCCUAACCAGUCUUCAAAGUUGGGUUUGACACGCGCUCUGAAGUGCGCGAUGGUCCAUAAAAGGCCGGUCAACGUUUUGGCGUAUCGGCUAAGAGGUUCCCUCGAUUUAUAACUGAUUGGCGUGGAAGUACCACCGAAAACAGUCGAAUGAUGAUAACUUUGAUUAUC